AUGAUUUCUGUUUCAAAAAAACUUCCUGUUAUAUGGUCUUCAGCCUUAACGUCAGUUCGAUGGUUAUGCACUUCGCCAUCCUAUCCAAACAAUAAUUCUUCUGUUCCUCUCGUAGAAUUGAAGAAUCGCCGUGAAAUCUUUGUCAACAAACUGAACAUUUGCACUGAACAGCUGGUAAAUAGGCCUUCCUAUCACAUAGUUAUAAUACCAGCCUCAGAAAUACAGUAUAUGGCUUACCAUGUUCCAUACCCUUUUCACCAAGAUUCCAACUUCUUCUACUUCACUGGAUUAAGUGAACCAAAUGGAGUUCUGUUGUUUUGCACAGAUAAAACAGAAGAGCAUCGCGAUCAAAGUGGCUCCAAUUGGUCGACUCAUCUAUUCGUGGAGACUCAAAACAAACAUGCCGAAAUCUGGGAUGGUCCAUCUUUGACGCUAUCAGAAGCUUCUUUGGCAACUGGGGUUGGUAAUUCCCAUCCUUUGAAUGAAUUUAGUAACUUUUUGAACCAUCAAGCUUUAUUUGCGCAAUCCAUAUGUGUUUGGUAUAGUCCAUUAUCAUCCAAAAAUUUUGUUGAGCGCCCCUUAAAUAAGUUCGUUUUGAGAAAGAUUUUAGAAUUCUCCCGGCAAAUUGGCGACAAAAGUAUUAGUUUUGAAAAUCCAGACUAUAUAAUCGACAGGAUUCGCUUUAUAAAAUCAAAUUAUGAAAUAAGACAGAUUAAAACCGCGGUUAUUGCAGCGAUCGAGUCUCUUAAGUCGGCUAUGCAAAUUACACAACCAGGAAUCACGGAAACUGCUUUACAAGGUCAUAUAGAAUACCAAAUGCGCAGCCGAGGCUGUUCUGUCGGGUAUCCUCCUGUUGUUGCUGGAGGGAGUAGAACAAACAUAAUUCAUUACAUGAAAAACAAUAUGAGGAUUGAGAAUGGGGAAUUGGUUUUGGUGGAUGCUGGAUGUCGCUUUAACGGGUAUACGUCCGAUAUUACUCGAACUUGGCCAGUAAACGGAAACUUUUCGGCACCCCAAAAAGUUAUACAUGAAAUAUUAGUUGAUGUACAGAACUCAUGUGCAUCUUUAGCCUCUCCUGAACAAAGUCUGCAAGAUGUAUAUCAUCAUAUGCUGUCUGAAGUAGGACGACACUUAAUAAGUGAGGGGAUUAUCCCAGACCAGGACAAGUUGCAUGUUGCACAAAAGAUAUGUCCACAUCAUGUCGGACAUUAUCUUGGUUUAGACAUUCAUGAUACUCCUACGAUACCUAGUACAAAACGUUUCGAACCAGGCGUUGUGUUCCCUUUAGAACCAGGUAUUUACUUCAGAGAUGAGUUGGCGAAACUGGGCGUUUCGAGAGACUUUCUGGGCAUCGGUAUGCGGGUAGAAGACGAUUUCGUCAUGUCAAAAACUGGCUGCGCUGAGAACUUAGAACACGUCAAAGAUGAUUUAUUAUUGGAAGAAGCCUAA